GUCAGUAACUCCCAGAUAUGAUAUGACAAAAGAUACAGACACAGGACAGAACAUGAAGUUUUCUGUCUCCAGAUAAGAUACUCAUGGAUCUCGACAAUAUACAUUGGAUUUUAUCUCAUUAUAACAAGGAUUUAUAGUUUAUUGAUAUAUAUUUUACAAGAAAAUGAAUCGAUACCAGAUAAUAAAACAGUUGGGGGAUGGGACCUAUGGAAGUGUGUUGCUGGCCAACAGUGCUGAGACAGGAGAAAAAGUGGCAAUCAAAAAAAUGAAGAAAAAAUAUUACUCAUGGGAUGAAUGUCUGAAUUUAAGAGAAGUUAAGUCCUUACGGAAACUGAACCAUGCCAACAUAGUGAGGCUGAAAGAAGUCAUUCGAGAAAAUGACCAGUUGUUCUUUGUGUUUGAGUUUAUGAAAGAGAACUUGUACCAGAUGAUGAAAGACAGAGACAAAUUAUUUCCAGAGUCUGUGAUCAGAAAUGUCAUUUACCAAGUUCUUCAGGGAUUGGCUUUCAUGCACAAGCAUGGCUUCUUCCAUAGAGAUUUAAAACCAGAAAAUCUGCUAUGCACAGGCUCAGACUGUGUCAAAAUUGCUGACUUUGGAUUAGCAAGAGAAAUAAGGUCAAGGCCACCCUACACAGACUAUGUGUCAACUCGGUGGUACCGGGCACCAGAAGUGUUGUUACGGUCCGUCAGUUACAGCUCGCCCAUUGAUAUAUGGGCAGUGGGCUGUAUCAUGGCUGAACUCUACACCCUCAGGCCUUUAUUUCCAGGAAGCUCAGAAAUUGAUGAGAUUUUUAAAAUAUGUUCCGUGCUGGGCACACCAAAGAAGGAAGAGUGGGAUGAGGGAUAUAAACUGGCAGCUGCUAUGAACUUUAGAUGGCCACAGUGUGUUGCCAAUAAUUUAAAGACUCUAAUACCAAAUGCUAGUAAUGAAGCUAUCCACUUAAUGAAGGAUAUGCUACUGUGGAAUCCGCAAAAAAGACCUAAUGCCAGUCAGUGUUUACGAUAUCAGUACUUCCAAGUUGGACAGAAUCUAGGAACCACACAGGUUACCAACCGUCCUCAGGUUACGAACAAAAUCGCUAGCCCCGUCAACCCUACCCCCACCAAGGGGCUCCAAGAGGAGAAAUAUUCCUUCAGUCCAAGUAAACCAGUGGAAUCCAAACCAGUUAAUUCCCCUGCCCAGCCCUCAUUUGGGAUAUCUAAGCCUGUAGAAAAUAGUGAACCUUUUGCAGUCUCUGUGAAGAAGAAGCAGCAGCCAAGUGGACGUAAACGUUGGGGGGCAGGACUCUCUGACACAUGGGAUGAUUGGGACGACUUUGAUUUCGGUACCUCCCCUAAGAAAAACACCUCUAAAAAUAUUAUCCCUCCUAUUGGUAACAAGCCAAAAUUUGAACCAAAGAAACAGAGUGUGAUGCAUAAAGAAAAUCAUUUUGAUGAUGAAGAUGACUUCUUAUCGAGUAUACUAAAGAAACCCAGUAAGCCGGCCAAUAGAAUUCCUUCAGGACGGUCCUCUGCCUCCUCAGCCAAGCAACAUUACCUGGGGAAGGCUCGAUACUUGCCAGGUAUAAACCCAAGAAAUAGUGCCAAGAAAGACAGUCCUAACAGUUUAUGGAACACUCCAUCCAAACCCUCUGUGGGGGCUUUGCCCAGCAUGGGGGCUAAAAACACCAACCUGGGGACCUUAGGUGGGGGGCCCAGUAGUUAUGGCAUGAGAAACAAUGCUGACAACUCCAGCUAUGUACCGUCAUUUUUAUCCAAUACCAAAGGUGGUUCAAAUUAUCCUUCUGUGAAUUGGAAGAGAGCUCAGCCAGCACCAUUAUCAAUAAACAACAAGAAUUCUGCAGGAUAUCGCCAGCCCCUGGGAGGGAAUACAAAAACACAUGGACGCACUGACUGGGCUUCAAAAUAUUUAAAGUCCUGACUUGUUCCGACAAAGAACUAGAUUCUGAUGCUGGGCCCCCUCCCACUCACAGACACACAGACAAUGUCUGUACUCAUCUCACCCCUCCUCAUUCUGUGAUAAAUUGUUAUUUUUUAUGUAGAUACAAACACUAUUUAACUACUGUUCAAUCAUGACAAGGUGAAUUGUACAAUAUUUAUUGCUCUAUUUGUUUAUACAAAUUUA